ACUUAAAAUUAGGUCAAGUUGAGAUUGUUUUUUUUUUUUUUGUUUGUUUAAUUUAAGGUUUAAGUUUUUUUGUUUGACUAAAAAGCUGAAUAGGGUUUGAGGAGAAGGUGAAGAAGAACCCAACACCUUAGAUCUGAGUAAUUCUUCCAAAGUUUUCAACUUUCAAUCAAAGCCUUCGAAGAUUAUGCUUUGAAUCUCUUCAAUUUCUCUCACAAUGCCUCCUCGUCCUUCUUUUCACAAGCUCAUUCUCCCUUCAUCCCUUCAAACUAGACAAUUGAGGAUUCCAGAUAAUUUUCUUAGGAAAUAUGGGGCCCAGCUUUCGACUAUUGCAACCCUCACUGUUCCUGAUGGCACUGUCUGGCGUCUAGGAUUGAAAAAGGUUGACAACCGAAUUUGGUUUGUCGAUGGCUGGCAAGAUUUUGUUCAACGUUACGCCAUUGGCAUUGGAUACUUUCUAGUAUUCACUUAUGAAGGAAAUUCAAAUUUCAUUGUUCAUAUCUUUAAUAUGAGUACUGCUGAGUUAAACUAUCAAUCAGCCAUGAGAAGCCGUACUGAAGGGCCUUGCUAUGCAAAUUAUCAUCCUAUUUUUGAAGACAUUGAAGAUAUCGACUCCUUUGAAUUCCUGGAUUCAUCACCUUCAAACCUUACUCCUGGUGCAUUGCAAGACAAGGUUUUUAGUGGAUCUUUGGAUCAACUGACACCAGCGAAGAAUCAUACUCCAUCAUUGCAGAAUUUGUUUAAUGGGGGGUCUAAACUCAACCACGUUAACUGGGGAGAUAUCGGUGGUACUCUUUCUUCAAAGAGUGCCAUUCAGUCAACCAGAGAUAUAGGUGUUCAGUUCAAUGCUAAUGAGUUUAAAAAGUCCACUGAAGGAUUGAAAUUGCGCUAUCCUAACGAGGAAGGGGUUAAUAAUACUGAUACUAAGAAAACAUCAAGAAAGAAGCGGAAAUCAGAUCCAAGUGCACAGGAAGCCACUGCUGAAAAUGACGAGGAGGCAGAGCGGUAUCGAUUCUAUGAAAGUGCGUCUGCAAGAAAAAGAACUGUGACAGCAGAAGAAAGAGAAAGGGCAAUUAAUGAGUCGAAGACAUUUGAACCAACUAAUCCAUUCUGUCGAGUUGUCCUGCGACCCUCCUAUUUAUAUAGGGGAUGUAUAAUGUAUUUGCCUUCCUGCUUUGCAGAAAAGAAUUUGAACGGUGUUUCAGGAUUCAUUAAGCUUCAGAUCUCCGAUGGGAGACAGUGGCCUGUUCGCUGCCUUUAUAAAGGAGGCCGGGCAAAGUUAAGCCAAGGAUGGUAUGAGUUUACAUUAGAGAACAAUUUAGGGGAAGGCGAUAUCUGUGUUUUCGAGCUGCUUAGAACCAGAGAGGUAGUCCUGCAAGUUACUUUGUUUCGUGUAAAAGAGGACGACUCAGGGUUAUUCAACCCUUCUACACUGCCGAGCCAAAAUGUGAGCCAUGCAAAAAUGUUGAAUCCUCACUUGCAGCACCGUGUUAGCUCAACCAAAUCAGCUAAAAAUUAGCAGGGAGAGAUAACUCCAGAUAGACAAUUACAAAACUGUGUCGAUUAGCUCUUAUUUCUGAGUGAUCCUGGUACUCUGGUUUAUUCAGUUUGGAACUUUGAUACUUUUUAUGUCCAUAGGCGUUUGAACUUAGUUAUGGUAGUUUUGAAUCUUUUAAUAUGGAUAUUUUGUUUUGACUUGGAUUGUAUAUAGACUGUGCAAUCUAUUCAAUCAUAAACUGAGUCAAAACGCUUGUCCUAGUGCCGUAUCUUGGGAUUAACUUGUUUUUUGUUUUGGUUUUGGUUUUGAAGUUUGUAGCUUCAUCUGCAUGAAUAUAAUGACUCAGUUACGGUGUGUUUUUUAUGUGAUUGCUGAUGACGAGUUUUUAUACA